CAAAUGCCCCAGCAACUAUCGAUUCGAUGCCUCAUAUGUAUCGUCAAAACUCGAUAGUUGGAAAACCAUGGCACCAGCGUUGCUCUACCCGACCAUCCUCUUCCUCGCAGCGGCCGCCGUCGGCGCCGCCGCUCCGCCGCACUCGCAGUGUCUCGACAACCCGCCGGACCUGACGACGGCCGGUGGCGGCGGCGAGGCCGGCGUGGUCGUCCACGAUCUUGGAGGAUUCGAGGCCUACGUCACCGGCGCCGUCCAUUCCAGGCGGACCAUCCUCUUGGCCACCGACAUCUUCGGAUUCGAAGCGCCAUUGCUGAGGAAAAUAGCUGAUAAAGUUGGUCUAGCCGGAUAUUACGUCGUUGUGCCUGAUUUGUUCCAUGGACAACCCUACACAUUUGACCAGAACCGUACAGAAUGGCUCAGUGCUCAUUCUCCGGUAAAAGCAGCUGAAGAUGCUAAACCAAUCUUUGCUGCUCUAAGCAAGGAAGGGAAAUCUAUUGUUGGAGUUGGAGGUUACUGUUGGGGCGGGAAGUUCGCAGUGGAGGUAGCAAAAACUAACGAGGUUGAAGCAAUUGUCAUCUCCCAUCCUGCAGCGGUGACUGCUGAUGACAUGAAAGAGGUCAAAUGGCCCAUUGAGAUCCUUGGAGCUCAGAAUGACACAGUUACACCACCAAGAUUAGUUUACCAGUUUGUUCAUGCCUUGCGUCAAAGAACUGAUCAGAUUGAUUAUUUUGCCAAGGUCUUUCAAGGAGUGAACCAUGGCUUCGCUUGCAGGUAUAACGCCAGCAACCCUUUCGAGGUCAAAAAAGCUGAGCAAGCACUUGCGUUAAUGCUUGACUGGUUUCACAAACACUUGAAAUGAAGAUUGCUAAUUAAUCAUGCUAGGAAGACCAGUGCAAUUAUUUCAUCGAAAUAAAACUCUCGUUCUCGAUAUAAAAGUUUGCAUAUCAAGCAGCCAUGCAUUUGAUGUACACUAUUUUCUUUAAAUUAUAUGGAGUGAAUUAAUAGUAUGUUGUCGAGUUGAUGUUCGUUAUUUAUCUAUAAAUAAUUAUACGGAUGUACUUGUGCCAUUGAUGUUCAUUGCUGGCUAUAAAUUACAUGUGGAUGUACAACU